UCACAUCGGCAGGCGGCGGCUUUUGGUGGAAGGGCCGAGUUGCUCGAGACGAAAGUUCGCGCUGUAAAGACUGUUGUGUUAGGUUCAACUGAUAGGAUAUAUGUGACAGUUCGUCAGCUAGAAUAUGACCUAGAAUAGUAGUGGAUACAAAAUCUAGAUAUUCUAACUUGAAGGAAAUUAGUGAAGGUGUUUUUACACAGCCGGUGGCAGGUUUGUCGGAUCAUUCAUUGGAUUCAAGAUGGCGGACGAUUAUGGUGGAGUUGGUGCGGCGGAGUUGAAAUACUUGACUGUGGAUCGUAAUUUGAUCAACGAUCCUUCUGCACAUGCUGAAUGGGCAGCUAAGAAGCUUGUCUGGGUGCCACAUGAUACAAAUGGCUUCGUCACGGCCAGUAUCAAGGGUGAUAAGGGGGAGGAAUUCAUCGUGGAACUUGUGGACACGGGAAAGAGUGCAAAAGUUCCGAAAGAUGAAGUUCAAAAAAUGAACCCUCCAAAGUUCAGUAAAGUGGAGGAUAUGGCUGAAUUAGCUUGUUUGAAUGAAGCUUCUGUCCUCCACAAUCUGAAAGACCGUUAUUACUCUGGUUUGAUAUAUACUUACUCUGGGCUUUUCUGCGUCGUGGUGAACCCUUACAAACGACUCCCAAUCUAUACUGAUAAGGUCAUCGAACUCUACAAAGGCAAGAAGAGACAUGAGGUGCCACCCCAUGUAUUUGCAGUCACUGAUACAGCAUACAGGAGUAUGCUUCAAGAUCGUGAGGAUCAGUCGAUUCUUUGCACGGGAGAAUCUGGUGCUGGCAAGACAGAGAACACCAAGAAAGUCAUCCAGUAUUUAGCUUAUGUAGCUGCCUCCUUGAAGACCCAGCGAACAACUACUGCCAAUGUCAUUACUUCCAUGCAUUAUAAGGAUAUAAAUUUAGGAGAACUAGAAGCCCAACUUUUGCAAGCCAAUCCUAUCCUGGAAGCUUUUGGUAAUGCUAAGACUACCAAGAACGAUAACUCAUCUCGAUUCGGUAAAUUCAUCAGGAUCAACUUUGACACAUCUGGUUUCAUCUCUGGUGCAAACAUCGAGACUUAUCUGUUGGAGAAAUCCCGUGCUGUACGUCAAGCUAUCAAUGAGAGGAGCUUCCAUAUCUUCUAUCAACUACUUAAGGGGGCCACUGCAGAUGAGAAAGGUGAUUUCCUGCUGGAAGACUUCAAGAACUACACAUUCCUUAGUAAUGGUUACAUCGGUAUUAGCGGUAAUGAGGAGGAGGAGGAGUUCAAACAGACCUUGGAGGCCAUGACUAUUAUGGGAUUCACUCCCGAUGAACAGGCCUCUAUCAUCCGAGUGGUAUCUGCUGUACUGCAGUUCGGUAACAUGAGGUUCAAGUCGGAGAGGAAUUCAGAGCAAGCCUCCAUGCCAGAUAACACUGUUGCCCAGAAAGUUUGCCAUCUCCUUGGCAUCCCCGUGACAGAAUUGACACGAGCCAUGCUCCGACCAAAAUUGAAGGUUGGUCGUGACUUUGUCACUAAAGCCCAAAGCAAGGAACAGGUGGAAUUCUCCGUUGAAGCGAUCACCAAGGCGCUGUACGAACGAAUGUUCAAAUGGCUUGUGAACAGGAUCAACAGGUGUUUGGAUAGGACCAAGCGUCAAGGCGCAUCCUUUAUUGGAAUCCUUGAUAUUGCCGGUUUUGAGAUCUUCCAGCUUAACUCCUUUGAACAGUUGUGCAUCAACUACACCAACGAGAGGCUGCAACAGUUGUUCAACCACACUAUGUUCAUUCUAGAACAGCAGGAGUACAAACAAGAAGGCAUUGAAUGGACAUUCAUCGACUUUGGGUUGGAUCUUCAGCCAACCAUUGACCUCAUUGAAAAGCCCAUGGGUGUGAUGGCCCUGCUUGAUGAAGAGUGCUGGUUCCCCAAGGCUACUGACAAAUCCUUUGUGGAGAAGCUCAUGGCAGAGCACGGCAAGCACCCCAAGUUCGCCAAACCUGACUUCAGGGCGACCUCCGACUUCUCGCUCAUCCAUUAUGCAGGAAAAGUGGAGUAUUCUGCUGAGAAAUGGCUGAUGAAGAAUAUGGAUCCGCUGAAUGACAACAUUGUCAAGCUACUUCAGUCUUCUUCGGACAGCUUCGUGAGCUUGAUCUGGAAAGAUGCUGAAAUCGUUGCUCUGGGUGCUAACGAGUCUGAAUCUGUGUUUGGUAGCCGUACCAAGAGGGGUAUGUUCCGUACCGUAAGUCAGCUGUACAAGGAGCAGCUCUCCAAACUCAUGGCGACACUCAAUAACACCAACCCCAACUUUGUCAGGUGUAUCAUUCCUAAUCAUGAGAAAAAGGCUGGUAAAAUUGAUGCUCAGUUGGUGCUAGAUCAGUUGCGCUGCAAUGGUGUGUUGGAAGGUAUUAGGAUUUGUCGCCAGGGCUUCCCCAACAGGAUCAUUUUCCAGGAGUUCAAGCAGAGAUACGAGAUUCUUACCCCCAGCGCUGUGCCAAAGGGAUUCAUGGAUGGACGUAAAGCUUGCAAGAAGAUGAUUGACGUCCUUGAGUUGGAUCCCAAUUUGUACAGGAUAGGACAGAGCAAGGUGUUCUUCCGUGCCGGGGUCUUGGCCCAUCUUGAGGAGGAGCGUGACCUCAAGUUGACCGACAUCAUCAUCCAGUUCCAAGCCUAUGCAAGAGGUCUCCUGGCUAGGAGGAACUAUCAACGCCGUCUGCAGCAGUUGAGUGCAAUCAGGAUUAUCCAGAGGAACUGUGCCUCCUACCUCAAACUGAGGAAUUGGCAGUGGUGGAGACUGUUCACCAAGGUGAAACCGUUGCUGAAUGUAACUCGCCAAGAAGAGGUUCUGGUUGUGAAAGAAGAGGAGCUCAAGAAGGUCAAGGAUCAGUUCGAGAAACAGCAGUCGACGCUUGGUGAACUCGAGAAGAGCCACACGCAGCUGGUCGAGGAGAAAAAUAUACUUGCCGAGCAACUGAGGGCUGAGACAGACCUCUGUGCAGAGACUGAAGAGGCUCGUACCCGCCUCAGCCAAAAGACUAACGAGUUAGAGGAACUGCUACAAGAUUAUGAAGCCAGAAUUGAAGAGGAAGAGGAGAGAUACACGCAGGUGGCAACCGACAAAAAGAAAUUAAACCAGACCAUUCAGGAUCUUGAAGAACAGUUGGAAGAAGAGGAACAAGCCCGACAAAAACUUCAGUUGGAGAAAGUUUCCGUUGAUGCCAAGGCUAAAAAAGUAGAGGAGGCUCUGGCAUUGCAGGAAGAUAUCAAUUCUAAGUUAACGAAAGAAAAGAAAGGCCUAGAAGAACGUGUUGGUGAGAUCAGUACUCUACUUGCGACCGAGGAGGACAAAGCGAAGCACCUCACCAAGGCCAAGAAUCGAUAUGAAGCCAUUAUUAAAGAUCUUGAAGAGAGGCUGAAAAAAGAACAAGCGCUUCGUCAAGAGUUAGAAAAAAUCAAGAGGAAGCUCGAGACAGAAUUAAACGAUUUACGUGAACAGUUGUCUGAGAAAAAGAGUCAUUGUGACGAGUUGCAAGAUACCUUAACCAAGCGUGACGAGGAAUUACGGUUAAGUCUGCAAAAGACGGAUGAAGAGGUCGCUGGUAGGACGAUUGCUCAAAAACAAUUACGUGAAAUUGAGUCUCAGUUUCACGAAGUUCAGGAAGAUUUGGACGUCGAGAGGGCCGCACGUACGAAAGCAGAAAAACAAAAAAGGGAUCUUGGUGAGGAAUUGGAAGCCUUGAAGAGCGAGUUAGAAGAUUCGAUAGACACAACUGCUGCGGUGCAAGAACUGCGUACCAAGCGUGAACAUGAGGUCGAAGGAUUGAAGAAGGCCUUGGAUGACGAGGUGAAAAAUCGUGAAGGCCAAGUGGUGGAGAUGCGACACAAGCACACUCAGCAAAUAGAACAGCUGAAUGAACAGCUGGACCAAACAAAGAAGACCCGGGUUAAUCUAGAAAAGGCUAAAACUACUCUAGAGGCGGAGAAUGUCGAUAUGGCGUCUGAUAUUAAAAGUCUUAGUGUUGCUAAACAAGAGUCUGAGAGGAAACGAAAACAGCUCGAAGGGCAGGCUCAGGAAUUUGUGAUGAAACUUACUGAACUGGAGAAUGAUAAAAAAUCGUAUGCUGAGAAAAUAAGCAGAUUGCAAACUGAACUUGAUCAAUCCAGCCAAGGCUUCGAACAGGCCGAUAAUAAACUUUCAAGCGCGAUGAAACAAGUUUCUUUGCUGGAAAUGAACUUGAAUGAUGCGCAGGACUCUCUCCAAGAGGAGACGAAGGCAAAGUUGAGUUUGCAGUCGAAGAUCAGACAGCUAGAGGAGGAGCGUGAAAUGAACAUCGACCAGUUGGAAGAAGAGGAAGAGGCUAGGAAGAGCGUCGAGAAGCAACUGGCUGCUUCUAAUCAACAGCUUACUGAUCUCAAAAAGAAGUUAGAUGAGGACGUACAAAUAAUGGACGGUAUGGAGGAUGGUCGCAAGAAACUACUGAAAGAGAUCGAGAUGUUGCAGAGCCGCAACGAGGACUUGACCUCCCACAAUGACAAGUUGGAGCGCAGCAGGAAAAAACUCCAGGCUGAGGUUGAGGACUUGAAUGUUGCCAUGGAAGGACAGAGGUCUUCCUUGCUCCAGCUUGAGAAGAAGCAGAGGAAGUUUGACCAGAAUUUAGCCGAGGAGAAAGCACAAUCUGAAAGGCUUGGUGCUGAACGUGAUGCUGCUGAGCGGGAAGCCAGGGAGAAGGAGACGAAGAUUCUCUCGAGCACACGCGAGAUCGAAGAGCUGCAGACCAGGAUUGAUGAGAUGGAACGUGACCGCACAAAACAGAGCAGAGAACUCGAGUACCUCAUGUCUAGCAAGGAUGAUGUCGGCAAGAAUGUCCAUGAGCUUGAGCGGGCUAAGAGAACUCUUGAAGGACAGGUUGAGGAGCAGCGUACCCAGAUUGAGGAACUCGAGGAUGAGUUGCAGGCCACAGAAGAUGCCAAGCUGCGUCUUGAGGUCAACAUGCAGGCUCAGAAGGCUCAGUUUGAUCGUGACCUGCAGUUGAAGGAUGAGCAGUCUGAAGAGAAGAGGAAGUCGCUGAUUAAACAGCUUCGUGAGAUGGAGGAAGAGUUGGAAGAUGAGCGUAAACAGCGUAGCAAUGCUGUCAACGCCAAGAAGAAGCUGGAAGGCGAGUUUGCCGACAUGUCGCAGCAGGUCCAGAUGGCAGAGAGACUCAAGGAUGAUGCCCUCAAACAACUCAAGAAGAUUCAGGCUCAGAUGAAGGAGCAGCAGAUGGAGCUCGAAGAUGCUGCACGGAGUAAGGAUGACGCUGUGGCUGCAGCGAAGGACAAUGAAAGGAAGAUGAAGCAACUAGAACAGGAUGUUGCCCAGCUGCAGGAGGAUCUGUCGGCCUCGGAGAGGGCCAGACGCACAGUCGAAGGAGAGCGCGAUGAGCUCAUGGACGAAAUGAGCGCCAGUAGCUCCAGCAAGUCAUCUCUCAUUGAAGACAAGCGCCGCCUGGACAGCCGGAUCCAAGAGUUGGAAGAGGAGCUUGAAGAGGAACAGGGGAACCUCGAGAUCAUGGUUGAUAAGGCCAAGAAGAACAACGCGCAGAUCGAGACCUUGACGACUGAGCUGGCAUCGGAACGUUCUCUCACACAGAAACACGAGAACUCGCGUAUUCUCCUGGAGAGGCAGAACAAGGAUUUGAAAAAUAAGCUCUCCGAGAUGGAAUCGCAGCUGAGGUCGCGUUCCAAGGCUACUAUCUCCUCCCUCGAGAGUAAGAUUGCCAGUCUUGAAGAGCAGCUGGAAGUUGAGGCCAGGGAACGUGCUCAGGCUGCCAAGCAGAAUCGUCGCCUUGACAAGAAGUUAAAGGAAAUGAUGAUGCAGGUCGAUGAUGAGAGACGCCAUGCUGAUCAGUAUAAGGAACAGGUCGAGAAGGUGAAUACUCGAGUGAAGGCCCUGAAGCGUCAAGUGGACGAGGCUGAGGAGGAGGUGACGAGGUUGAAUGCCAUACGCCGCAAGCUCCAGAGAGACUUAGAUGAAUCAAACGAAAAUGGGGAGAGUUUACAACGAGAGGUCACUGGACUUCGGUCAAAAAUGAGGGGUAAACAUUCACAUGACAAGGAUGAUGAUAAGACAAAAGACUAGUGCACGAUUAACAAGCGGCAUGAGCUACCGGUCUUCGCGGGGAGCAAACGCACGCGAUGACUCCGACAAGGAAGAUGAGGUAGACGACGGCGAAUAAACAUUAUUUCCAUGACAGGUGGCUGGUUUUGUGUGAUAUCCGAAACGACGAGGAUCAGAAAAGACACGGAUCCAGCUUAGGUCGAAUAUCAAUGGUUCCAGCUAGGACUCGUGGCUUUGUGUCUGAAUGCUUGUUGGAGAGCUUGACUCCGAUGUUGAAGUGAUUUGACCGUGGCUUUUGGACUGUUCAGACAGUGACAAGACUGUAUGGCUUGUUGCUGCAUAAUAAUGUAGCUGUUUCAGUUUUGAAUAGUUGUAGACAUGUCAUGAUACUUCUGGAUUAAAGGUUGAAAACUCUGCACAAAUUCAUUUGAUGGGAAUAUUUCGUACUUAGGAAUCAUAACUGGAUAGGCCAGUUUGAUAUUGUAGUCUCCUGCAUCUGGUGAACUUGACAUUCUGUAGUUUGAUAACACUAAGGUCAUUUUCAUGAACGUAAGUUGUAAGGUGCGCACAAAACCAGUUGUCGUUUUUUUAUACAGGACAAGUUGCUCCAAGCUUGUGAUAUGUGUCCACCGUGUAUGGUAGGACACCUUAUGAAUUGUAUAGGUCUAAGUAAGUAAUGUAUCAAACUAUAAACCAAAUAUACAUAGCUACAUUUUAAUACUGCUACUGGUCACCACAGGGGACAGUCCACUUGUUUUCUUCGGCACUUCAGGGAGAGGGGCCAGUUAAUCAAACAAUUUUAGUCCCUAUGAAUAAAAAGAAAAUAAUUUUUUCAAGCAUAAAUCAAUCUGAAACGAAACUUUUUGACCAGCUUCGUAAAGUGACCACUGAUAUUUCAAUCCUGGAGGUGUUCUCCAUGGGCAAUAAAAAAAACUUGCGGUUCAAUGAAAUACUUUUCAUAUUAUCAGAAAUGUUUGAAGUGGUGUUAACAAACUGGCCAUAAGGCUGCCACUGCUGUCCUUGAACUGCCGAAACAAGUGCUUCAAUGUCAAGCAUGUUACAAUAUUAAACGAGGUUGAGGGUUGAAUAGGUACCAUGAUAGCUUCAGGCUAAGAAUUAAAACCAGUACAUGAUUUGUAUAUUUGUAUUUGUAUAACCAUACAAGGUAGAUGUAUAGUGAAUCUAUAGUCGCAGAGGCUUUAGAGUGUAUUGGCUUAUUAAUGUGGUAUGAUGGCCAUGCUUGUUCCAAGUCUAGUGUCUCAUGGCAGUCAAAACUACACCAAGAUGACUUCACAUGCUUGGGGAAGAAGUUAAAGAGGUUGAAUCGAAAAACGAUGGUAAAGAUAAGGACUUUUGAAUGGGUCGCUAUAAGUUCCUUUGUGUUAAGCUGCGAAUUUUACGUAGCUUCUAAACGGAAUUUCUUACAAAGCUUCCAUAUGUGAAUGCUGACUCAAGGGUCAGUAGGCAUUGACUUGGAUAUGCAUGGCCUAAUUUGCGCUUCAGGUUUGACAAUCUAGAUAAUGUAGAAUAGAAAAUGACUGAUGAAUAUUAGCUAAUGUGACGCUGAAGAGGCAAAUUCUUCCCAGAGUUUUCUCUUGGGUGGAUGAUUUAAAGAAAACUACACAGUAGCCUUAUAUAGGUUUGAAACAAAAGUAAAAAAUUCGGUUUAUGUGUCUUUUAAAACAUUUCUUUGAUACUUCGUUUCUUGACGAUUGCAUGGAGUUAAAAAUGAUGAGCGAUUCUUUUUUUAUCGUGAUUUUUUAUUUAGUUUGCCAUUUUUGAGGCCAUUGAGCAAAGUUCAUGUGACAUGACAGAUUUUGUGUUAAAAAUUCUGUGUCUGGUAUUGAUAUUGUGCUAAAAUUUAAUACUGCUCAACUCCACAGGUUUAAUGCGAAACAAUUACAUAUUUUUGACAGAAACGGCACGUUUCUAGUAUUCAUGUCCCUGCCUGUGCAAUCCUAAAUGUGAUAACACCAGUUUGUAAUGUUUCUCUGAGGGCCUGAGUAAAGUUGGUGUCAUCCUAACUUUGACAGAAUUGACCAAUGGAGAAGGGUGCAUUCAUGUAUAGAAAACUUUUCUUUGGUGCACAGAGAACUCUACGUGGCACACUGUUCUUGCUGUACAGACCGGGACACUGUCUUUCCACUGGAAUGACAAAGUGUCAUUGUGUGCCCCAUCAUUAGUAUCGGUGUCUGAAAAUGUGGGUGAACCGAUUGUGGCAAAGUUGGGAGGACACGGAACUUCUGUAGACUACGGUUGGUAGCACGUGUGUUUUUCUAUGCCAUCCAUUUAUCCAUCCAAUGUCCAAUGAGCAUUUUGUAGUUGUUUGUGCGUGGCUCUGAAUGCGUGUUGUCCCUUCAUCCAUUCCUUCAAACUGUGGGGCUUGUUGAACAUUAUAUAAGCACUGUUUCUAAAAAUGUUUGGGCCAUGUUCUUACAGAUGAGGUGACAGCAAAAUGUUUUGAUAGUACUAACAUGAAAGAAAUCCUACUUUGUUCAAUCGUGCUCCAAGUUGGACAAGAAGUAUCCCACUGCCAGUAGCAGGUGCAGUGUGUUCACUUGUGAAUAUUGAAAAUGUUGGCACCAUUUCAUUGAUUCAAAUUGUUGGGAAUAGUGGUAGAAACCUGCUCAUGUUCCCAGAAGUCUAAACUGUUCAAUUUCAUCUCCAAACAUUUUCGGAAACAUGUUUGAGGGGUAUACGUGUCCCACAGGUUUCCCGAUCUCAUGGUGUCAUCCCCGGUUGCCUUAAAGUCUUUUGUUUUGGCUUAAUAGAUGCUUUAGUUGCAUGAUGAGAAAAAUAUACGAUAAGUUACACAGGAGUUAUGCUCAGUUCGAUAAUAUUCACCAUUUCCAGAUGGAUGUCUUGCUCUGAGCAUAGAAAUAUACUGAAUUACUUGAUCAAUUUAUAACUUCUACUAUUGUAAGAUGAGAAAUGAAUGAGCAUGGAUAGACAUUGCACAUGUUGAACCCUAGGAAAGACACUACAAUAAAUCCCAAAGUAUCUGUAAUUGUGGGAUAUAUAGACUAGAUUUGGAUUUCAUAUUUAACUGAAAGGUGACAUAAAUCUCUUUUGAUUGAGCAGUACAAUGUAAUUGCAUGAGGUUCUUCAAGAGAAGGACUACAUUUAUUAGGUGUAAGGGAUCACUGUUUGCACUAGCUGAUAACAUUAUACACUCAGUAUAAACCAUUAAUUAUUAGUCAUAUAAGGGAAAAGAAAUCAUAAUAAAAUGGCAUGUAGCUGCUAGGUGUAUUCAAGUCAUGUAAUUCGACCUCCGUAUUAAAGAAAAAAAUCAAAUGCCCUGCACUUAAGAGUAUGAUAUUAGAGAGCCCAAUACAUUGGGAGGUGUCUUCUUUUCAGCAUAUUUCUCUACACCACAUUGUAUAAGCAACAGGAGUUUCCAUUCUGAUGGUACAGACCAGGAGUUGCCGUAAGUGACCCUAAGGAAAUCUAGAAUCAAUCAUCCAGUCAGAAUCAUGAAUUAAUGAUAAAGAUUUCAUCAAGAAAUUCAGCUUCAGAAAUGGUUGGUGCCGAUCAAAUAUUUGGAGGAUCGGCACCUUCUACGACCCAGCCCAGGCUGUCCAUGCAGUAGGUUGGCGUGACCCUGGGUAUUAUCAUAGAUGCUUGGCACACUUGUAUAGUGCAACAUGUAGCUGCGAAGGAUGUAAGUACAGUGAAUGUCUGAAUUAGUAGUAGUAGUACUUGUACAGGUAAUCCUGUGUAGUAACAAUCAAUGGGCAUCAGUUGGGCCUGCCUUCUUUUGGUCAAGGGAUGAGAUGCUGAGUGAAGGGUGAAUUGAUAAUUAAGUUCAGAACAUUCAGUCACCAAAUGUUGAUGCUAAGUAAAAUGGUUAAAAUACGCUAGAAAUGAGUGAUCCAGCUAAGGUUGGUCCAGCUAAUGUUAAUUAUCCAUGCUAACUAAGUAGCUAAUUGAUGAUGCUAAUUCCCUUGCUAUCCUUGAUGAUUUGAACCAUUCAGGGUUGUGUAUGCAAUUUUUUAUGAACAAUCCCCCAGGAUGGUGAUACAAUAUGUUCACUUCUCUGCUUUGCAAUGAUUGUGCAGGAUAAUGUUACAUAAAUUAACUUUGCAAAAUAAUUAUGUGAAAUAAAGUAACUUGACUUUACAUCUAA